CACUUACUUCAGAUUGAACUGCAGUUGCCGUAGAACCAUUCACCUAGCUGGUUGUACGCACUGAAUUUUGUGAAAGAAAACAACAAUUUCUAUACAAGUAGAAAUUCAUUAUUAUUUCGCAUAAUUGCGAAAUUCAUGAGACAAAAAUAAUUAAGAAGAAUUAAAAAAAUCACGACAAAUUGUCUCCCAUUUAUUUGUGUUAAUAUUUUCAGAAGAAAAACUUUAUGCCGGGAAUUAAAUUCAUGCAGUUGCAUGUGUUACUUAACCGAAUAUUUUCAUUACAUCGGUUAUGUGCAAAUUUUGAUUCAAACAAAAGUGACAACGAAAUUAAAUAAAUACAGGAAACAUGAAAUCAAUGCAGUCAAUUUUUAUCGUAACAAUAAUCAUAUUUAUCGUGACAUGUGAAUCAGAAAAACCGGCUUUUUUUAGAACAUACAAAUGCGUGAAAAAUGUAUGCCAUAGAGCAGAGCAUCCUACAACAAUAAUCGAUGAAAAUAAUUCAAAUUCAAUAAAAUAUCAUAACACACUAGCGUCAUGUCGUCUAGUGUGCGAGAGAAAUGGAAAUAUUUUGCCUCUACCAACUGGAAUUUCAGAAGUUGGCAAAAAUUAUCUAAACAUGAACCCUGACAAUAUUUUCUUUAACAUGUUGGAAGUGCCAUCUGAGAUAAAACCGUUUUUAACAGAAAUGAGUAAUAUUUUUAUAGAAAAUGUAAAAUUACUCUGUGGUCAUGAAUGUAAGACUGACAAUAAUUUAACUAUCACUGUCUACUUCAAAGUAACUUCAGAAAACCUCGACUUAAAUUGGAAGACUAAUGAGGAAUACAGCCUCAAUAUUCCCAAAGGAGGAAAAGACAAUAAAAAAGUAUCAAUAGACGCAUCAACUAUUUAUGGAGCUCGUCAUGGUUUAGAAACUCUUUCCCAACUAAUAGCGCCUAGCUUGACAAGUACCGGAAAUCCAGUAUUAGUUAUCGUGGACAAUGCAAUGAUUAAGGACAAACCAGCCUAUCCACAUCGAGGACUAUUAAUCGAUACUGCCAGAAAUUUCCUUCCAGUCAAAGAUAUUUUACGAACAAUCGAUGGACUCGCUGCUUCGAAAUUAAAUAUUCUUCAUUGGCACGCCACUGACAGUCAAAGUUUCCCCCUUGAGAUAAAAAGUCUUCCUUACAUGAGUCUAUUCGGUGCCUAUAGUCCAGAAAAAAUCUACAGCGUAUCGGAUAUGAAAAUGAUAAUAAAAUACGCGAAAAUUCGUGGCGUUCGUGUUAUUUUGGAAAUAGAUUCGCCAUCGCACGCAGGAGCUGGAUGGGAAUGGGGUCCUGAAGCAAAUCUUGGAAAUCUUGCAGUUUGUGUGAACAAACAACCCUGGAGGGACUACUGUAUUCAACCACCUUGUGGUCAACUUAAUCCUGUCAAUCCAAAUACUUUAAGUACUUUGAGAAUUUUAUACAGAGAUAUUCUGAAUAUUUGGGAUAAAGAUACAAUAAUGCAUCUUGGUGGUGAUGAGCUCUUCAUAAACUGUUGGAAUAGUACUUACGAAAUAACAGAGAAAAUGAAACUAAACGGACUGGGUCUACAGGAAAAAGACUUCUUCAAACUUUGGAGUGAUUUUCACAAAUCACAAGUUGAUAUAUUAAAAGAACUGACAAACAAUGAAGACACAAAAGCGAUAAUUUGGAGUUCUCACCUAACGUCACCAAAUAUAAUAGAAAAUUAUCUCAAUAAGAAUAAAUUCAUCAUUCAAACAUGGGUAGAAGCCGAACUAGAACUCAACCAACAAUUAUUAGAUCUAGGAUAUAAUUUAAUAAUUUCCACGAAAAAUGCAUGGUACCUGGAUCAUGGAAUUCAUCGCAAUACUUAUUAUCACACGUGGAGAGAAGUUUACAAUAAUCGAAUUCCCAGUUCGAGAGGAGUUCUUGGAGGUGAAGCGUGCAUAUGGGGCGAAUAUGUCGUGAGUGGUUCUUUGGAUUCGCGAGUUUGGCCAAGAGCAGCUGCAUUCGCCGAAAGAUUGUGGACCAAUUCGCCAAGUUUAAAAACAGCCGACGUGGAACCGAGAUUAAUGGCUCAGAGAGAAAGACUAGAGAGUAAAAAUAUUUACCCCGAGGCAAUUGCACCCGAGUGGUGUAACCAACACGAGAAACAAUGCAUUUAACCGAAAUUUUCCUAUCUAAGCCAUUAAAUAAAUAUUUUUUUAAUAAAAGUAGAAGAAAAAAUACUUCAAAUGUGAUAUAAAACACAAAAAAAUGCUGUGAUUGUAAAAAAAAUAUAAAUUAAAUAUAAAGACAA